AUGGUUUACGAUAUGGCACACCUGGCACCGGGGCCGCCGCAAAGCAUCUCACUGAGUCGCUACUAUAUGGAUCAGGAUGACGAUUUGGCAGCGGGCAACAACAAUGCGAACAUAUCGAAUGGCCAUGGACAUGGUCAUGCCGCUAGCGAGGACUAUGCGGCGAGCACGACGCUGGACAUCGAUCAGCGAUAUCAGGCGCGGAUUGCGUGCGAGACGGCGGCACAGCCAGCGCUGCCCGGGCCGCCGCCAACGCCGGCGCCACGACGCCGCACCACGCCCAUCACCCAUCUGGAUCCCUCCGAGCUUGUGGGGCUGUCCAGGGAGGAGCGACGUCGCCGACGUCGAGCCACACUCAAAUAUCGAACGGCGCAUGCGACACGCGAAAGGAUACGCGUCGAGGCCUUCAACGUGUCCUUUGCGGAGCUACGCAAGCUGUUGCCAACGCUGCCGCCGGACAAGAAGCUGUCGAAGAUUGAGAUCCUCAAGCUGGCCAUCUGCUACAUAGCGUAUCUGAAUCAUGUUCUCGAGACGCCCUGAGAUACCGCCAACGCCUCCAGCUGCAGC